AUGUCGAAUCGUCCCACCGUGGUAGUGAGACGUCCGACGGCCAGCGACCAGAACUACACUCUGCGAGUACCUUCACAGACUACCCCCCCCAGCCAACCAUCCUCUUCACUAAACGACUCCAAUCGGUCCAUGGACCUCGAUAACCCCUACUACAUGAAUGGCGAUAUUGCGAUGGCGAAUACAAAUGAAGAAAUAUCAACCUCGGAAGCAUUGCAUAAUUUGAAGAAGACCAAUGGAAAUGGGUUAAUAAGCGGCACAAACGGCGCAGUGAAAUUAGAAAAACAGAGCAAUGGCUCUCUGUCACCUCUGCGAUCGUCAAAUCUUUCCAACCUUCGUUCGAGUGCCGGUACGCGAUAUACACCGGGCCACAAACGAACAGUCACUGGAGAUGUAAAACCUAUCUCCACAUUGGCUGCACCUGUCGCCUCGGACGUCAAUGGAGCACGUCAUCACAUUCAGCAAUUUCCUCCCCUGGCAAACUCCUUCAGAUCCCCAGAUUGGCGCCUCCCGUUGAUAUCGUUGCAUCAAAUGGAGACACCCGGCGGCGGCGACCAAAUCCCAACUGGGCCGCUCAACCAUUCGAUCGCAGCCCAUACGCCCGGCACCGACGCCAUCAUUCAUAUCAAGAUCCCUCCCUUCGCCCGGCCAUUUAAUGGGUCACCAAGAGUUAUAGGGCCAGGAACACCGUCCAUCCCUCCAACAAGUCGGGCGCCUACAUCAUCGAACGGGUAUUACGGAUCACGAACCCAAUCAGAGAACACUGCUAUGGAGCAGGACGCAAUCGAAACGUUGCUUUUCAUGUCUAGCCCUGAGAACUCCGGGUACCGCUCCAGUCCUCGACCCUUGCAACCGCCUGCCACGCAACAAAGUUUGAAUGCAUCGCUGUAUGGCAACAAUGAGAAGCACGGAACAGAAGCAGGAACUCAACACAGUCAAAGCCCACAGAGUGGCGAGUCCAUUUACGGCCAAGAUGCGAAAUCCCAAAGCCUUAGAUUAGGCCUAGAGGCUCACGCAGGGGAUGAGAUCGAUCGUAUUCUGGACCAGAUGGACAGCGACAGCGAGGAAGACACACGGUACGCCUCACAUCGCCUCGGGAAAGACCGGCAUAUUAGAGGGCAUCAUGGCGGAAGAAAAUGA